GCAGGAAAGACAGCCAUUUUGCACCGUCCCUCUUCCACCCAGAAAGUAGGUUGUCGUGGGAAGACGUAAUCAGAGAAAACUACUAACUCACAAAUCCCACUGCACAAUCAUUCCCCCGUGUCAGCACACCAUACCUACUCAGUUUCCUCCGUUUGCAAAAGGGGGCAUCGAGGGAUGUGCGGCAUUGACUCUCUUGUAAGAUCUGUCCGUCUCCGUGGCUCGAUUGUAAAGGAAAAAACCCAAGUCUUAUAGAACCAGUAUAAAUAAUACACGAAGACAGCAAAUUAUCCCCUGUGUCUUUCUCAGCACGGUAACGGAGAUUGACGGGAGCAACAUUUCAGAAAAGCAAGGCCACAGAGAGGUGUGUGUUUACCUGUGUGUACGUGUGUCUGAUGUGUGUGUCCUGUAAUGUUUGGUGUGUUUCUGUAGCGUUUGACAAAGGCACUGGAUGGAUAGCAUCGACGCCGAAGCCCUCUACCUGACCACAGCGCAGCACGGGCAACCUCAAUGCGAGCUUUCCCUUCCUGCUGUGGAAGUACCUGCCCUUGGCGGAACCAAGAAGAUGAAUGGGUCUCUGGACCACCCAGACCAGCCCGACAUUGAUGCUAUAAAGAUGUUUGUGGGUCAGAUCCCCCGGACGUGGUCAGAGGAUCAGCUGCGUGAGCUGUUUGAGCCCUAUGGUGCAGUUUAUGAAAUCAAUGUUCUUCGGGACAGGAGUCAGAACCCCCCACAGAGUAAAGGUUGUUGUUUUGUCACAUAUUACACCCGUAAAUCUGCAUUAGAAGCACAAAAUGCCCUUCACAACAUGAAGAUUCUUCCAGGGAUGCAUCAUCCCAUACAGAUGAAGCCUGCGGACAGUGAGAAAAACAAUGCGGUAGAAGAUAGAAAGCUGUUUGUUGGAAUGAUUUCAAAGAAGUGCAAUGAGAAUGACAUAAGGCUCAUGUUUUCUCCAUACGGUCAAAUUGAGGAGUGCCGCAUACUGCGAGGCCCAGACGGACUGAGCCGUGGCUGUGCCUUCGUCACAUUCACAGCAAGACAGAUGGCCCAGUCUGCCAUCAAAUCCAUGCACCAGUCACAGACCAUGGAGGGCUGUUCUUCUCCCAUCGUGGUGAAGUUUGCCGACACACAGAAGGACAAAGAACAGAAACGUAUCGCCCAACAGUUGCAGCAACAGAUGCAACAGCUCAAUGCUGCCUCCAUGUGGGGAAAUCUUACAGGACUCAACUCACUUGGGCCACAGUACCUUGCACUUUAUUUGCAGCUUCUACAACAGUCUGCAUCCUCUGGAAAUGCGCUCAACAAUCUCCAUCCAAUGUCAGGUCUGAAUGCCAUGCAGAAUCUGGCUGCAUUAGCGGCAGCAGCGAGUGCUACACAGGCCACGCCUACAGGUAGCAGUGCUCUGACCACCUCCAGCUCCCCUCUCAGCGUCCUCACCAGCUCAGGUACGCCUUCUGGACAGCCCGCUCAAUCUGCCUGGGACGCCUACAAGGCGGGUUCCUCUCCCACCUCCAGUACUAGUUCUUCUGUGAACCCCAUGGCGUCUUUAGGUGCUCUUCAGUCUCUUGCUGCGGGCGCUGGAGCAGGUCUCAACAUGAGCUCCCUAGCAAGCAUGGCUGCUCUGAAUGGUGGUCUGGGCAGCGGAGGUCUCUCGAACGGCUCGGGCAGUGCUAUGGAGGCUCUGACUCAGGCAGCCUAUUCUGGGAUCCAGCAAUACGCCGCUGCCGCUCUGCCAAGCCUCUAUAGUCAGAGUUUACUGUCCCAGCAGAACGUUAGUGCCGCUGGCAGCCAGAAGGAAGGCCCUGAAGGAGCAAACUUGUUCAUCUACCAUCUGCCACAAGAGUUUGGUGAUCAGGAUUUGCUGCAGAUGUUUAUGCCUUUUGGCAAUGUUAUCUCUGCCAAGGUCUUUAUUGACAAACAGACCAACCUUAGCAAGUGUUUUGGCUUUGUUAGUUACGACAAUCCAGUUUCGUCCCAGGCGGCCAUUCAGUCAAUGAACGGUUUUCAGAUUGGAAUGAAGCGGCUGAAGGUGCAACUUAAACGAUCCAAAAAUGACAGCAAGCCAUACUGAGUGAUUUUACUCUCAAAUGGACUUGGUUUGAAAAUGUUUUUCUGGUAAGUGGAGUGUGACGUUGGAAAGUUAGAAUGACCCCACCCACCCUUAACACCUGCCUUUCCUAAUCCUCCUUUUACUUCUCUGGCCUUUCCUACAUAUCUUCUCUCUUAACCUUCAAAACAAAGACAACAUGCAAAUUAAGAAUUUGUUCCAAGGAGAAAAGAGUUCUUUUUUUUUUUUUUUUUCUUCACACAUUUAUAUAUAGAUCUAAUUGUCCUGUUGAUCUUUAUUUUCCCUUAAAUCUUUAUUUUAUUAUUAGUUUGUUUUGUUUUUGGUGCCAUAUUACAAGUUUGCUGUGUAUAAAUCUUGCGUCAAAGGAUGUUGCACAAUGAAAGCCAGCCUGCGUGACUGCUUUCAGUCCCUUAGACUGUUGAUCACCACGGUCUGGCCCCUGUAGAUGUUCUCCUGUGUUUACACUAGACUCUUGUAGUACAUUCGGACAGUGUAAUGCUGAUGCCUCCUACAAUGCUGCCUUUCUAGAAAAUGAAGGAGGCUUGCUGCAUCGGUGCAAAAGAUAAUCAAUCAGUCACCUGAAUAUCGUUUUGAGCAUCUGGAAGGUCAGGCUGCACUCCACUAGACUCCGUUUUCAUGGAUGCCUUUUUAUUUAAUUCAUGUAUUUAUUUCACUAAUUUAUUUAUUUAUUUUUAAUGUAUCUGUGUCUUCACAAUGAGGGUGAUGUAACAUUGCUUCAAAGUCUGUUUUAUGUAUUCUGUUGGAGGGCUCAGCUAACAACAGUGAUGUUGAUGCUUUCUGUUUGUUUUUAUUCACAUUUAAUCUUUUUUACAUUCUAAAAAGACAAACACUAAGCAAAGGGUAUUAUAUCACAUGUCGGUUCGUAGAUGGUGGUUAAUCAGUCAGUAUUGCUAGCUUGCAGGAGAUGCUACACUUACUCUCAGGACAUUCUCACCAUUCUGUCAGACCAAAACUUCUCGCCCAUUAUUCUACUCGCCUGGUACGUGGAAAAUACCUUAGGAAUAUGUAUGAAAGAAGUGGCGGAGUGCUUCAUUUCAGUUCACGAAUCCUUUCUUAAAGCCUCAAACGGAAACGAACCUUUUUUUGACCCGAGAUUUUUAUCCUUUGGAAACUGCUGAGGAAUCGCACGGUAGCACGCAUGGUUUUAAAACGGCAUUUGUAUAGAUUUUUUGAGCCAAGACACAAUCUACGACACGAUUUCUGUUUUUAUUUUGAUGGUCAUUUGAUACAUUAUCCUACGCCUCGAUUCAAGAGGUCGGCGUUGAAGCUUUUAGCAAUAUUUGCAUUCUGGAGAAGAGCGAGAGACGAUACUGCCAAGAACAGAAAGAAGGAGGUUUACAAUUGCUGAAUUCAUGGCCACUUAAUUGUCAGAACGAUUUGAACUUCAACCUUUGUGGCAAGUGUUCAAUAAGUAUUUUAUCUCGGUGUUUGCAGGUGCAUUGAGACUCGUCCUGCAUUUCUUACUUACUCCAUGCAACUCGCCUUAGUUGAUCAUGGCAGUAACUAGGUGUUCAAAUCGUAAUCAAAUGUCAAUGCCAAUCCGAGUCCUGCAGGGUCGUGAGGUGAGGUUGUUUUUAUGGAAAUCGAGAAGAAAACAUUAUCCAGAUAGUGUAUAUUACUUAACUAUUAUGCCUUUUCUAUUUUUAUAGAGGUUUUAUAAUAUUGCCUAAAUAAUUUCUCUGAAUUAAAACGGUUGUUUAAAAAAAAAAAUCGACUCAAAAGAUUCAACAGUGUUUUUGUAGAAUCCUAAUGUGAAGUUUUGUGGAUACAUUCACCGAUUGUUUAAACGACGGAUGUGUGGCCCUUUUCACUAGUCGUAGUGUCGUCUGUUUAGUCGUCAACGCAAACAAAUUGUACCAAGAGUUGUUCUUUUUCUUUUUCUUUUUUUAAAGUCUGAAGCAAAACCAUGGUUCAGUCUAAAGUUCUUACUCACUCCAUGUAAUAUCUCUAAACUAAGUACAUCCUUUGUAGUGACGAAUGCUGAUUUGUGCUUUUAUUUAAAUUGUCACUUGUUUAAUAUCCUCACAACGUAACUUAAGCUCAGUGUUGCAAUUGGUGAAUAUUAUAUAGUGUAGACGGUUUUCUUUUUUGACAUUUACCUCACAAUUGUCGUCACUGUUCGACACGCUCGUAUUUAUUAACGGUGCUUUUUAUUUUCACUGAUUAAUUGCAAAUAAGCCAAUUCUUGUUAACCUCGCAAUCUUCACGGACGCACUUCUCAAUCCAGGUGAGGAAACGAAACGGUUUGUUUCAUGCAUUAGAGAUGCUUUAGACUGAACCCAGGUGUGGAGCCCCUCUUGAAGCGCUUAGAUGCUAGCGCAGGGAACGCCCGGUCCCUGAUCUGUGCCUCUGUUCAAAUAAACGCAUGCGUUACAAAUCAUUAAGUGGAAGAAAAAUGGCAAGGCCACCAUUUUGAACAAUCCAAAGAUUCUUGUGAACUUGUUCUAGGCAGGGAUUUUUGUUUGUUAGGCAGAUUUUAUUUGAUUUAAAUUUUAUUUUUAUUUUUAUUUUUUUCAUAGUUUCGUUCCUUUUAUCCAGAGCCGAUCGACUGGCGUUUGUGCAAAGGAUUUGUGCGCCUUACAACAGCUCACAAGUGCAGAGUAGUUCCACUAAUGUGCCAAACACAUCAAGUCUUAAAUUUCUGUACAUGUUUAAUGAUGAUGCUCUGUGUCCCAUCAUGAUGAUGUUGUUGUUGUUGUUGUUGUUGUUGCUGUUGUUGUCCUUCACGGAGUUCAAUGUAGCUAAAUUGUAUCCAUUUGUGUUCCCCAUGACGGGUGUUUUGUGAAUAAGAACCAAUAUGAUCAGCUCCAAAUAUGCAUUAUUCCACAGUCCCACACAAUUCAAAAAUUGAAGCACAAAAUAAAAGGACUUUCACUGAAAGAGCUGAAACAUUGAAGCACAAUUUUUCUUUUGGUUUCUCUCUCUCUUUCCCUUGGGCUAAAAUGGAAAUGCGAUUGUGGAACAUUUUCAUUUGUUGGGUUGAAACGUCGCUGUCGAGGACAGUGUUGUCGUAGCUGUAGUAGGCAGGUUGUGUUGUCUUUCAGUGGUGGUGUUGUUCUUGUUCUUGUUCUUGUUGAUGUUUAAUGUUAUUCCCUUUGUUCACUAUUGGCAUGGUGCUUAUCUCUCCCUCCUCCUUCCCACUUUUCUUCAUCGUUUCCUGUGUUGCAUUCAAUGUUUUGUGUUUAGAUGAUGUGUGCCCCCUCCUCAUGCAAAAAUAAUCAUUCAUGAUUUUCUUUUUCAUCCCCUCUCCUUUUUCCGUUGUGCUUUAACCUAGGUUUGUUAUUCGUUUUUUUUGUUUUUGUUCUAGAUAUCUUCGUGCCCGUUUGUCAUCGUUUGCCUAGCAUGUCGAUGUGACGUCAAAAGUUCAUCGUCCAGUCCGUUGUCCUCUUCGCUUCUCUGACGCUUGAAAUUUCACACUUGACCCUUUUUGUUAACUUUUGACGCUUAUUUGAUUACUUAUUUUGUUUGUUUCUUUGUGUGAUGUUCAUUUGUCAUUUGUGCUGCCAAUAGGGAGCGUUAGAAAGACUGCUACAAGUGUAAAAAGUUUCAUGAAAAUUGUUCUGAGCAAAGAGUCUAUUUUUCUAGAACGUACAAACAUAACCACUAGAUUUUUGCAGAAGCUUUUAAUUUUCAUUGUUUCGUUUUUCAGAUUUGUUUUUUCUUCCUCUUUGAUUUUUAUUGUUUUUCGAGCAGUCUUCCUAGCGCUUCUGAUUGUGUACUCCUUUUUGAUUUUUGUUGUUCUUCUCAAAGCAGCCAUUCAGUUUAUAGAAUCACUUUUGUGUGUUCAAGUGUGGGUGUGUUUCCCUCUUUCUCUCACUUGUUAGUUCUAAACCUUUUAGAGGAUGUUUUCGUCACAUUUUGCUGAAAUCGAGGAUAAACUUUGUAAUUUUGUGUUAGGUUAGUUGGCAUGAUGUAAUUUUGGGAGUUUCUAUUAACAGAGUGACAUUACAAUAGACACUUGAAUUGCCUUUUUUCUUCUUUGUGUGUGUCGAGCCAACACAGGCACAUGUUUUUCAUUUCCUUAUUGUGUGAAAAUCAGGAUUAGUCUGAAAUAAUGCAUAGAAUGAGCAGAGUUGAAUUUCUUGUCACAGGUAAAUAUUAAGCAUGCAUGUUUUUUUGUAAGUGCACUGAAAUCCUCAGCAAAAUGUGAUCUCUAGUUCUGUUUCAAAAAGUCAAGAUGAAUAAAGUGGUGCCAAAAGUUUUGCAUGUUGCUGUUGGUUACAUUUUACAGUAUGUUUCACAUCAUGCUUUACGGCUCCUGCUACAAUGACAUGUGGUCUCUUUGGAUGGUUAAGUUUAAGAUUUAAAAAAACAAUACAGUGUGUUUAGGUUAUGGGUUAAAGUGUGUUUUAACAAUGUGUUGUUAUACAAACUGAAGUGGGUUUCCAAUGAGUCCUUAGAUAUAAAUUUAUUGUGCCUACAACAGCAAAAACACAUGCUCUUCUUGAGAUGUUGUUCAGUGAACGAAAAUGUGUUACAACCAUACAAUUGGUCUGUUUUACAGAGCUUGCAAGCAUUUUUAUUUUUUUUUUCUUCCCAUUCUGACAUCUGUAUAAGUUGUGAAGUUCUGGACUGAUCGGUAGAGCUCAACUGCAGCUUUGCCCCCUCGGCCUUUAGUGUAAAGGCAUGUCUCCAUGAAUGAAGAGCUACAUUUGGAAGUCUUUUGUUUUGUUUUGUUUUUUUUUAAAGAUGUAUUCUGACAGACUAAUCUAAUUGGGGGUUGAGGUGGUUGUUUUCUAUUUAGAUUUUAAGCUGCUGUUUUGUGAGUUUAAAUGUACUCUUGAGAAAAUUUCCUGUGGGAUGUUUGUCAUUACUGGUACAGAGUGAUUGUAUUUAACAUUUAAGAUUUGUACAGAUUUUGCCUUUUCUACUUCAUAAGUUGUUUCACAAUGUAAAUCCCAGUAAGUAGAAGCAUGUAGACAGUAACACCAUGACCAAACAUUAACCUGUACAAAGUAACCAAAAUGCAAACAAAAAUCAACUCCACAAAACAGCCUUUAACUGAAUUCUGAUGUUUUUUAGUUGUUUUGUCAUUUAAGUUGUGUGGUUUUCAUUGGAAGUGUAGAGAGUGCAGAAUUUAUUCAAUGUCUGAAACAUGUUGUAUAAGGUUGGUUAAGGAUUUCACGCUACUGUCUCUACAGAAAUAUAGCAAAAUGGACACCCAUGAAGCAGUCAUCUGGUAGUUUAUCUUUAGUUUAUGUAUGAUUAAACUGUUUGAAAAAACAUUCACACA